UUUAUUGCGAAUGGCGCAAUCUUGUUUUGUCACUGUCUUAACAUUAUUCUUGCCUCUUCCCAGGCAAUUUCCAUAAACCAUAUGGAAGCAGGGAACCAAACAGCUAUUUCAAAAUUCAUCCUUCUGGGGCUUUCAGAAGAUAUAAACCUGCAGCCCCUCCUUUUUGGGCUGUUUCUCUAUAUGUACCUGGUCUGUGUUUUAGGGAACCUGCUCAUCGUUCUGGCCAUCAGCUCUGAUCCCCACCUCCACACCCCCAUGUACUUCUUCCUCGCCAACCUGUCCCUCACUGAUAUCUGUUUCACCUCCACCACUGUCCUCAAGAUGUUAGUGAACAUCCAGACACAGAGCAACGCCAUCACGUAUGAAGGCUGCCUUACCCAAAUGUGUUUUUUCAUGAUUUUUGCUGGAUUAGAUAAUUUGCUACUGACCGUGAUGGCCUAUGAUCGGUUUGUGGCCGUCUGUCACCCCCUGCACUACAUGGUCAUCAUGAACCCUAGCCUCUGUGGUCUCCUGCUUCUGCUUUCUUGGUUAAUCUGCCUGACAUAUUCUUUGUUGCAAAGUCUGAUGGUUUUGAGGGUGGCCUUCUGCAAAGAGACAGAAAUCCCCCACUUCUUCUGUGAACUUGCUCAGAUCCUCAAGCUUGCCUGUUCUGACACCCUUGUCAAUGACAUCCUACUGUACUUUGUAACUGGCCUGUUGGGUGUUAUUCCCCUGACUGGGAUCCUUUUCUCUUAUUCUAGAAUUAUCUCCUGCAUAAUGGGCAUUUCUUCUGCUGUGGGGAAGUACAAAGCCUUUUCCACCUGUGGGUCCCACCUCUUGGUGGUCUACUUGUUCUAUGGUGCAGGCCUUGGGGUCUACCUCACUUCUGGAACAGCCCAUCCAUCCAGAAAGGGUUCAAUAGCCUCAGUGAUGUACACAGUGGUCACCCCCACGCUGAACCCCUUCAUCUACAGCCUCAGGAACAGGGACAUGAAAGGGGCUCUGAGGAGACUUUUCAGGAGAGGAGCUUACUUCCAGUGA